AUGAAAACGCUGUCGGUAAGUGGUGACCUAGAAGAGUCUCUUAAGACCACGCCUGAGUCUUUGAAAGAAGUGGGAAACGAGGAAGACGCUUGUGGAGUGAGUUGUGAUUCAUAUAACUCUCAUGAGAACGAGACGCGAUCUGUGUCUCUUAAAACGUCAUGCUCGGCGGACUGCCUGGCGAUAGGUAGCAGGCUGCGCAGCGCGAUGGGCACGCGGCCGCCCGCGCGCUUCUGGCCGCAGCUCUGGGCCACCGUCGUCAGGAACCUGCUGCUGAAGAAGCGGGACACCAGGAAGACGCUCGCGCAGUCUGGCACGCGGCCACCCGCGCGCUUCUGGCCGCAACUCUGGGCCACCGCCGUCAGGAACCUGCUGCUGAAGAAGCGGGACACCAGGAAGACGCUCGCGGAGGUGCUAGUCCCGCUCUAUUCCCUGGGGGUGCUGAUCUUCCUGAAGAUGCUGGUGCCGAACCCUAACUUCCCCGAGGUGCGCAAGCCGGGCCGCCUGCUGCGCAUCCACCACGACGCCUUCCCGGAGAACCACUCGGUGGCCGUGGUCGCUGACUGGUACAACGACAAUGGGACUAUGGGUUUCCUCGACGACAUAAACGCGGUACUCCUGGAAUCCGAGCAGCACAUGAUUAACUGGAUCAAGUACAACAACACGACGGAGCUGAACGACGCAUACCACAACAAUGCGAAGCACUUCCCCAUCGCUGUCAUCUUCCAUACCGACCCUCGAUCAUUUGAAGAGCCUCUGAGAUACACCAUCCGCACCAACCCGUCCCACGCUGGGACGCCGUCAACCCGCACCCUCUACACCUCCCCUGCGAAAUGCCGAGAGCGGUCCGGCGCCAAGGACUGGUCCUCCGACUGGUCUCGAGGGGGGCAGCUCAUCCCUCUCUCGGAGCACAGGGAGGACACGUGUCCUGUGCUCGAGUAUUACUACUCAGGGUUCCUCGCGCUGCAGACGCUGAUUGAUUAUGUUAAGAUCAAGACAGACACAGACUCCUCAAUCCCACCCCCACGCGUGGACCUCCGCCAGUUCCCGAAACGUCAGCACACUGGCGACUGGCUGGUCAUCUUCCGCGUCAUCAUGCCGAUGUACAUGGUCAUGACGCUGUCGCAAUUCAUCACGUAUCUGCUGAUGUUUGUGGUGGGCGAGAAAGAGAAGAAGAUCAGGGAGGGGAUGAGGAUCAUGGGGCUGAAGGACUCGGUUUACUGGGGUGCUUGGUUCCUGAUCUACGCUGUGUUUGUAACAAUACUCUCCAUCGUCAGUACUGUCCUGCUUUUUACUUUGAAGGUGUUCCAGCAUUCUUCGUACAUCCUCAUUUUCCUGCUGAUGUUGCUUUUUGGGUUCACCAUCAUCACCUUCGCGUUUAUGUUGACACCGUUUUUCGACCGAGCUAGAACGGCCGGUAUCCUGGGCAGCUUCGCCGUGAACCUGAUGAGCGGGCUCUACUUCAUCCAGGUGUUCGUGUCCAACGCCGACUCGCUCGCCUUCUGGUUCGUCUCCCUCAUCAGCUCCAGCUGUUACGCGCUGGCUAUGGAUAAGGCUCUGGUCCUGGACAUGGCAGGCGUGGGCGUGACGUGGGACAACCUGUGGAGCGGGCCCGGCGUGCCCUUCGGCGGCAGCCUCAUCAUGAUGGCGGUCGACACGGUGCUCUACGGCCUAUUUGCGUACUGGCUGGACGCCGUCAUCCCUAGCGAGUACGGCAUCAAGCAGAAGCCGUGGUUCUGCCUGAUGCCGUCAUACUGGAUGGGCAGCCGGCGCGGCCGCGUCUCCGCCGUCCACUUCCACUCCAACGGCGAUACGGCUCACAACAAGGAUAUCGAACCAGUGCCCAGGGAACUCCAAGACAAAGAAGCCAUCCGGAUAGUGGGUCUCCAGAAAAGCUUCCGGCACUGCCGAAGACCAGAGAUCAAGGCCAUAGAUGGCAUCGACCUGAGCAUCUAUGAGGGACAGAUCACGGCUGUGCUGGGUCACAACGGCGCGGGCAAGUCCACGCUGUUCAAUAUCCUGACUGGACUGACGGCACCCACUAAUGGGACGGCGUAUGUUUAUGGGCUGGAUGUUAGGGAUCCAAACGACAUGCACGAGAUCCGGCAGAUGAUAGGCGUGUGCCCGCAGCAGGACGUUCUCUUCGACCUACUGUCAGUCAAGGAACACCUCCAAUUCUUCUCAGCAGUCAAAGGAAUCCCAAGAAAAAGGCGUCCAGAUGAAAUCCACAAGGCACUAUCUGACGUCGGCCUGCUGGACCAGGCAGGAGUGUUCGCCAAGCAUCUCUCCGGCGGACAGAAGAGGAAGCUUAGUAUAGCCAUCGCUUUCAUUGGGGACCCAAAGAUAAUAAUCCUGGACGAACCAACGGCAGGAGUAGACCCAGUAUCCAGAAGACAGACGUGGCGCAUCCUGCAGCGAGCAAAGAGAGGAAAAGUGCUGCUUCUGACCACGCACUUUAUGGACGAAGCCGAUAUACUGGGGGAUCGGAAGGCAGUCAUCAGUAAGGGAAGGGUGCGGUGUGCGGGCACAUCGCUAUUUUUGAAGAAUAAGUUUGGCAUUGGAUACCAUUUAACGCUAGUAUUAGACGGUGCAUGUAGAGAGCACCAAAUCACUCGCCUGGUGCGAGGUCACGUGCCCCGAGCAGAAAAAGCUAGAAGGCAUGGGCGGGAGUUGUCUUACAUUCUGCCACAUUACGCUGUACACCUGUUCCCUCCAUUGUUCCAUGCUAUUGAGCAUGAGAUUAAGGAGAAGACUAAUCGGCUUGGUAUAACCAGCUACGGCGUUUCAAUGACAACCCUGGAAGAAGUAUUCCUAAGUCUAGAAGGAGAGAACGCAGAAGAAACAGAAACGGUGGAAGGCGUGUCUUCAGUGAAGCUGGUGAGAGCGCGGGCGCUCUCCAGGAGUCUGUCUCUGCAGAGCAAGACCUUGAGCUAUCAGGAGCUGAACGACAAGGAACAGAAAACGACGUCACUGCCCACACCACCGGCUUCCCAUGCUCUGCAUUCCACAACGCAUGGGGUGGAGCACGUCAAGGUGACCCCCGAAGCGCCAGUAUCAGUGGACGCUCUAGGAGAACUGGUCAAAACAAAUCCGUCAUGUUGGCGAACAUUCUGUGCGCUGGUCUACAUCAGGACCGUCCGGAUGAUACGGGACCCCUACAAGCUGUAUGUUAUGAUCUUCAUGCCUAUAAUAUCCUGCGCUCUCGGUCUCUACAUGAAGUCAAGACAGAUUGUAUUUUUUCGGAUGCAGCCGCUCAAAUUGGAUCCCAACGCCUAUUUCAACAAGACCCCAAUUGCAAUAUUCAGUGAAACGAACGACUUCAAAGAAGUAUCCGACUUGAGGGAUUCCCUCGAAAUGCUUGGAGCUCAUCCGAUCAUCGACUUUGAUGGAAAUUUCUCGAGUCUUCUAGAUAUGGAGAACUUUGGAGCAUUCAAUCUGAAAGGAAGCUUGGUGCCAGGUUUUGGGAAAGCAAUGGCCUACUACAAUAGCACGUAUACGCACAGUCUGCCUAUCAUUAUCAAUUUGUUGGACAAUAGUAUUUAUAGGGUUUUAAUGUCCGCCUCAGGUCUCCUCGAAAGCUUCAAGCCGAUCGAGGUGCUGGCCCACCCGUUCCAACAGACGGAACAGCAGGAAGAGUUCAACGUGGGCAACGUGGUGUGCGCCAUCUUUAUGGGCAUGAUCUUCGCUCUGGUGCCGGUUACGUUGGCUGUGGAUAUCGUUUAUGAUAGGGAGAUAAAAGCCAAGAAUCAGUUGCGGGUGAACGGGCUAUCGAUGAGCAUGUACUUUCUCACUUACUUCACGAUCCUGAUCUUUAUCAUGAUCAUCACAAGCGCAGGAGUACUAGUUCUAGUGAUCCUCAACGACAUCCCGAGCCUAACCAACGGCUCCGCCAUCAUGAUGCUGUGCUUCCUACUUAUUCUCUACAGCCCGUCGGCCAUCUUGUUCAACACAUGUCUCUCGUACGUGUUCGACAAGAUGGACUCCGCUCAGAGCAUCAUGCCGAACAUUACCACGUGGGUCGGCGUCAUACCGUUUAUACUGGUCGCUGUUAUGGAUACUUUUAAAUGGGGUAGCGAUAUAGCGUUCUAUCUUCAUUUAGUGUUUAGUUUCUUGGAUGUUAUGUACAUACCUUAUGCAAUCAUCUAUUACGUUGAUAGAGUAUACCUGACGUGCAACCUACGUGGGUUAUGUACCACGCCAGCGCUGUCCAGCUACUUCACAGCAGAAGUGUGGGUGCUGAUAGCAGCCAUGCUGUUCCACGUACCGGUCAGCGGUGCUGUGCUGCUAGCGGCUGACCGGUGGAAGUCAGGCGGCAGGCUGUGUAAGCGCAAACGCAGCAGCAGCGAGAGCCCGGUAGACCUGGAAACAGACAUGGGCGGCUGCGAGGCGGGCGAGGACGAGGACGUGCGCCGCGAGCGCCGGCGCGUGGCCGCCGUCAUGCAGCAGCCCACCGCCAACGCGCCGGUCCUUGUUGUGCAUAAUCUGCGCAAAGAGUACAAAGUCCGCGGCACGGGCACCAGCUGCUGCGGUGGCGGUGGCGAUGAGCCUCGCGCCAGGGCUCGGCGGGCAGGCCUGGCUCGCUUGAGUCUGGCUGUACACGGGGGCGAAGUCUUCGGCCUGCUGGGACACAACGGCGCGGGGAAGACCACCACUAUGAAGAUCAUCACGGCUGAGGAGCGGCCCACUUGCGGCACUGUGAUGCUAGGCGGCGAGAGCAUCGACAGCCCGCAGGCGUCGACGUUCCAGAUGCUAGGCUACUGUCCGCAGCACGACGCGCUGUGGAAGAACGUCACCAUUCGCGAGCACAUCGAGUGCUACGCCGCUAUCCGAGGCGUCAGCAAGAGCGACACGCCCAGGAUAGUGGACGCGUACCUAAACGGCUUGCAAAUAAUGGAGCACGCGAGCAAGAACGCGGACGAAUGCUCGGGCGGCACGCGCCGCAAGCUGUCGUUCGCGCUCGCCAUGGUGGGCACGCCGCGCGUCGUGCUGCUCGACGAGCCGUCCACAGGCAUGGACCCGCGCAGCAAGCGGUUCCUGUGGGACACCAUCCUGGCCAGCUUCCAGGGUAAGAAAGGUGCUAUUCUGACGACACAUUCCAUGGAAGAGGCUGAUGCUUUAUGUUCUAGAGUUGGGAUUAUGGUUAAAGGUGGUCUUAGAUGUAUUGGUUCGACACAACACUUGAAGAAUUUGUAUGGCGCUGGCUACACGUUAGAAAUGAAGAUCGGGCAGAGUAAUCAGAAAGUGAUGAUGGAGCCCGAGCUAUCGAUGUCUCCGUCGCCGCUCCGGUCGACAGAGAAUUCUCCCUCGUUAGGGGAAGCUGAUGAGGGGGGCUCCGGCGGCGGAUCGGUGUGCCCCGAGACAGAGGCGGAGGCGGAGGCCGAGGCGGUGGACGUCAGCAUACACACGCCGCUCGUGGCCGGCACUCCGCCCCCGGCGAGGCAACAGCACCACAGGACCGAGUCAAGCGGCGGAGGGCUCAGUGCAGAGGCAGCUAUAGCGUUAGUGAGCCAGAUCUUCCCAUCGGCGAUCCUGGAGGAGAACUUCGCCGAGCGGCUGGUCUUCUCGGUCCCUCAGUCCUCGGUCUCCAGCCUCGCCAGGUGUUUCCAGCAGAUCGAGGAUGCUAAAGAGAAGCUGAACAUAGUAGAGUACAGCUUCAGCCAGACAACGCUAGAGCAGGUAUUCCUCAAGUUCGCGCAAACCGAACAAAACGUCGAGUCUUCGGACCAAGAGCAUUAACACUAGAUGUAAGCUGUUGAUGAAGAUAGGUCAACCCUGGGCAUUGUCAAGUGCGGUAGUCAAUGUUUUUUAUCAAACGUUGUUAAGGCUUUGCUUUUUGACU